CGUCUUGUCCCUUUGCCCCGCGGUUGUGCCAUCCCGUGAUGCCCCGCCUACCUCUGCCACAGUGGAGUAUACUAGUAGUACUGAGCAGAGUAGAGUACUAGACGACACUAAGCAUAUGAUUCCCUCCCUUGACAAACCCCCAAAACUAGAAAAGCUUUUUCAAGCUGUUCCAUUCACUUCACUUGCAUGCACUCAUCUCAUUAUCAUCAUUCAAAGGUGAGGUGAGGUGAGAUUUCUUGCACUUUCUCUAGGCCAUAUAUAGUUAUAAUAUAUGGUUAAUUUCUAUUGCCAGUUCUUCAUGCGGACAUACUGUGGUUAAUUCCUCUUGCCACUUCUUCAAGAAAGGAAUGCAAAUCUGGUGAUGUUUCUCGAGGGAGAGUAUCUUGUUCUUGCUUGCUUUGCGGUGUCAAGGACGGACCACUGGUUAUCCAUCAGUCGGCCCAGAUCCCUGUGCCUCUGCGGACUGCACAAUGUUUUUCUGGUGACCAGUACCUAUCUCCAUUAACUGUACAAGCUCCUCUCACAUUAACUUUUCUGAGCUCUCAAACUCAGACUUUUCCUCCCAGUCCCUGUGUGGCUGUGUCCAACAACUUUAUUUGCUAAUCGCUUCUGCUCCUGCACUAGAAUUAGAAUCCCACAAUCACAAUUCUUGGUUCCUCAACUUGUUGAUCGAGGAAAAGAAGAAGCUGAAAGAAAUCUUGUAAAAAAAAUGGGUGGAAUCCAUGCUCUGCUCAUCUUGCUGUCGGUGGCGUCCCUGGCAUUGCUGCCGGGAGCCACGCCGCUGCAGGCCUCACAGGCCUGGUCCCUCUUCAAGCUCCGGCAGCUCCUGGGCGACCCGCCGGUGCUCGGCACCUGGCACAACUACACCGACUUCUGCUACGGCGGCGACUACAAGACCGCCUCCGCCUUGGUGGAGUGCUACGAGGACAGCGUCACGCAGCUCCACAUCAUGGGCGACCCCGGCGCGCGGGGUCGCCCGCUCCCCGCCACCUUCUCCAUCGACGCCUUCUUCACCACGCUGUCCAGGCUGCCGGACCUCAAGGUGCUCACGCUCACCAACCUCGGUCUCUGGGGCCCACUGCCGGGGGGGAAGAUCUCCCGCCUCCAGAAGCUGGAGAUCGUCAACGUCAGCUCCAACUACCUCUACGGCGAGCUCCCGCGGGGGCUCUCCCGGCUGGGCAGCCUCCAGACGCUGGUGGCGGACCACAACAUGCUGGGAGGCAAGCUGCCGGGGUGGCUCAAGGACAUGCCGCUGCUGGCGGUCCUCAGCCUCCGGAACAACACGCUGCAGGGGACGCUGCCGGAGUCGCUCAAGGACAUGCCGUCGCUGAGGUCGCUGGUGCUGGCGUCCAACAACCUCUCCGGGAACCUGCCGGACCUGGACCUGAAGAACCUCCAGGUGAUUGACAUGGCCAACAACGCGCUAGGGCCCAAGUUCCCGCGGGUGGGGCGGAAGGUGGCCAGCGUGGUGCUGGCCGGCAACAAGUUCAGCGACGGCCUCCCCGCCGACAUGCUCGCCUCGUGCUACCUCCUGGAGCGGCUGGACGUGUCGGGGAACAGGUUCGUGGGGCCUUUCCCGGCGGCGCUGCUGUCGCUGCCGUCCAUGGAGUACCUGAGCAUCGCCGGGAACAGGUUCACGGGGCGGCUGUCGGGCAACGCCUCCUGCGGCGAGAACCUCCGGUUCGUGGACCUGUCGUCGAACCUCCUGACGGGGAGCCUCCCCGGCUGCCUGGCCGCCUCCUCUGACUCCGGGAAGACGGUGGUGCUCUUCUCGGCGAAUUGCCUUUCCAGCGGCAGCGGCGACGAGUCCCAGUCCCAGCACCCGUCGCCCUUCUGCCGGAACCAGGCAUUGGCCGUCGGGAUCGUGCCUGAGCAGGAGCAGGGAGGCAAGAAGAAGAGUGGCGGCAAGGCCGGUGUGGUGGCCGGCAUUGUCCUUGUGGGAGCAUUGGUUGUGAGCGCGGCGGUGGUGUUUGUGGUGAGGAAGGCGAGGUUGCCCAAGGCGAGGCCUGCACGGAGACUGGNACAACACUACAAACAAACAGGUUACAUAUCUCAGACGGUGAAGCUGGGGGCUCUUGGCAUUCCGGCAUACAGAUCAUUCUCCUUGGUGGAGCUGGAGGCGGCCACCGAUAACUUUCAGGUGUCUAGCCUCAUGGGUCAAGAUGCUCAUGGCCAGAUGUACCGUGGACGGCUAAGCAAUGGGACCCCGGUGACAAUCAGGUCCCUCAAGGUGAACAAGAGCCAGAGCUUCACCCGCCACAUCGAGAUGAUAUCCAAGCUGAGGCAUCGGCACCUGGUGAGCGCGCUGGGGCACUGCUUCCAGUACAACCUCGACGAUUCCACCGUCACGCACCUCUACCUCGUCUUCGAAUACGUGCACAAUGGCAACCUCAGGGGCAGGAUUUCACAAGGAACGCAAGGGCGGAGGCUGUCGUGGGGCCAAAGAAUAUCGACCACCAUUGGUGUGGCCAAGGGCAUUCAGUUCCUGCAUGGAGGGAUCAUACCAGGCCUGUUUGCGAAUAACCUCAAGAUCACCAACAUUCUUAUGGACCAGAACCAGGUCCCCAAAAUCGGCAGCUACAACAUCCCCAUUCUGUCAGAGACCAUGAAAUCAGAGGGAGGAGCUGGAAGCAAGUAUCCACCGGAUAGGGUUCCCAACGGUGAUAAGAUUGACAUGUACGAUUUUGGUGUGAUACUGCUGGAGGUUAUCUCCGGCAGGCCCAUCAGUUCCAUAUACGAGGUGGAGAUCAUGAAAGAACAGUUGCAAUCGGCGCUGACAGCACAAGGACCGAGCAAGAGGAGCAACUUGGUGGACCCGGCGGUGAGCAAGGGCUGCUCCGACGACUCCAUGAGGACCGUCAUGGAGAUCUGCCUCCGCUGCCUUGCCAAGGAGCCAACGCAGAGGCCCUCAGUGGAGGACGUGCUCUGGAACCUGCAGUUUGCGGCCCAGGUGCAGGAUGACUCCCGCAGCAGCGACGAGUCCCCGCUCUCGCCCUCGCAGCCCCAUGCACAAUCCGCACACGACUGACCCACCCCACCCCACCCCGCAGCUAGGGCACACAAAAAUACAUCGGCAAGCAUCAUCAUGGAUUCAUGGCUCAAGGCAAGGAUUAGACAUGGUUUUUCAGGCCAAGUGUACAGCAGCUCAAGCUGGACCCCGUGAUGCGUAUGGUGUACUAGUUCUCACCAAGACGCCACCGGAUAUGAUGAGUUUUCAACUUCUCAAAUUAAGUAGAACGACUUUUUUUUUCUUUUUUCUUUUGAGAAAUCUCCAAUAGAACGACUAGUAACCAUAAUCUCGUUAUGGAUUGGAAUGCACUCCCAUAAAACCAUUAUAUGUUCCCACAGUGUCUUGAAAAUUCCACUUUGUCUAGUCUAGAAAUACAAAUUUGUACGGUUUUUGAGAACCGGGUAUUGUAAUGUUCCAAUGCAUAUUAUAUCUAGUAAAAAAUAAUGUUGCUAUCC